AAUCGUAAUAUCCAUUUAAUCGAAACGCACAGUAAAUAGUAAAGAAAUAUCAAAUACAACUAUUAACCUGACAACGCCAUGCUGUUUCUAUGGUUACUACCGCCCUGUUUCAGCCGAACUGACAGGACGGUGAAUCAGAAGGAAGGGAACCGAACAGACACACAGCGCCUCAUAACUGGAUACCUCUUUGAACUUUCUCACGAUCUGGUCAGGCUUUGCAAUGGACUUUAACGCGCGCGGACCGAAAGGGACGUGAACAAUCAACAGAAGAUAAUCGACAUUGUUAUGAGGGACCGACUGGCUGAUUUGAGUGGGGGCAGGCAAAGUGCCAGUGAAGAUGGGGGUGUCACUGUGUCGGUGGAGAAAGAUGGCUUCAUGCAGGACUUUUUCAGAAAGGUGGAGGAGGUCAGAGGUGUCAUUGAUAAGAUCUCUUCCCUAGUUAAUGAGGUGAAGAAGAAACAUAGUGUGAUCCUUUCAGCCCCCAACCCUGAUGAGAGAACAAAAGAAGAAUUGGAACAGCUCACAGUGGAAAUCAAGAAACAUGCCAACUUUGUCCGGUCCAGCCUCAAAUCAAUGCAACAGAAUCUACCUCCAGAUGAACAGAUGAAUCAAGCCUCAGUGGAUGCACGCAUUCAGAAAACACAGUACACUAACUUGUCACGUAAGUUUGUAGAGGUCAUGACGCGAUAUAAUGAAGCCCAAAUGUCAUUCAGAGAGAAAAGCAAAAGCAGGAUUCAGAGACAGCUGGAGAUCACUGGACGAAUUACAACUAAUGAGGAAUUGGAAGAGAUGCUGGAGACUGGAAACCCUUCUAUUUUCACCUCCGAUAUAAUCUCUGACUCUCAGAUAACUCGUCAGGCCCUUAAUGAGAUCGAAUCUAGACAUAAAGACAUCUUGCGGCUAGAGUCCAGCAUUAAAGAGCUUCAUGACAUGUUUGUGGACAUUGCCAUGCUUGUUGAGACCCAGGGUGAGAUGAUUGACAACAUUGAAAAGAAUGUAACCAAUGCAGUAGAGUAUGUCGGCCAAGCUAAAGUGGAGACCAAGAAAGCUGUGAGGUACCAGACACAGGCCCGCAGGAAAUUGGUUUGUGUUGCCAUUUGUGGAGCUGUGUGCAGCAUCAUUCUUCUUAUCAUCCUCAUUGGAGUUUACAGUGAUUAGCCACCUAGAGCAAAACUUUAUUCCCUUUAACAUUACAGUGCCUUUGGAAAAAAAGAGAACAUUUUAGUUUUUGUUUUGACUGAAAUGUAAAAUAUCCUGCUGCAUACAAUAACUCAAAAACUGCUCUUGAAUUUGUUACCAGUGAAUUGUGUAGAAGAUGGCACUGAUUUAUGAUCAAAGAAUUUCCUUUUUGACUUGCAUGCUUUGCCAUUUCACUACAACAAUCAGAGGUAAUUUUCUGUCUUUUUAUUUAUUCAAUGAUGGUGAAUACAUUUUGCACAAUUGAGUAAUGUUUUGAUACAAUAUGUAACAUUGGGUACUUCGUUCCUUGGGAGGUCUUGACUGACAAUGUGGAGUUAAAAACAAUCCAGCACUGUGCACUUAAGAUAUAUUUUAAUAACAAAAGAAAUGAUAAUGUUUGUAUUCAAGAGUCACAAGUUAAUUUCAGCUUUUACACAAUGUGUUCGAUAUGACCGAUGGCUCCACACAAUAUGAUGUCAGAUCUGUGAACAAUGUUACAAAGCAUGUUUUAAUCACUGUAUGCUGUUCUUUUUUGUAUCUUACAUAUGACUGUGCCUGACAGGAAUGUAACCAUAUUGUCAAAUGCACACAAAGUGAAUUGUAAAAUAAAUGUGAGUUGCUUACUGCUCAAUACGGUCUCUUUCUGUUAUUGGUGAAUGUUUAUCACAUAAAAUA